UAUUAAGUCCAACUUGCUUCUUGUGUUAUUACUGGCCAUCGUAAAAAAUAUCAGUAUAUUUGGAACUAGACGAGGUUCAUGAGUGCUCCGGGACUGCAAUUCUAGCUCCCGUGUCUAAAUGUUGAUCAACAGCAACGAGAUAUCUGAGAGAUAACCGUUGAUGAAUUAACAAGAUUUUUUCAUCCCAGGGGUGGCUGCGGCGCUUGUAGCAGUUACAGUCACACGAGCUGUGCAAUCCAGCCAUUCAAACCCAUCCUAAGGAAACUUUUGCACCAAAUUUUUAUUAAUGAGCAAUUUUAGGCCGAUACUUCAUCUUCUCCAAACGAAUAUUUUCUGAAUCAAGAAGAUCAUAUCGUGUGAUGAACUUCUCCGAUGUUACUGCUGUCGUCAACAUGAACCCUCUUUAAUAUUCACGUAGUGUUUUCUCUUGGGUUUCAUAGUGGAUCAUUCUCCGUUCGCGAGAAAGAGAAUAUAUGAGCAACGCGGUGGUUGUCUGGAAGCAGUGUGGCUCUGUGUCUGUCAAUCUUUGGAAGUGUACUCAGACUUCAGCAGAUUUUCUUUACAAUACGUCGACUGAUUGGCAGUCAGUGUCUGUUGAGAGUCAUCCAUUCAAGUGUACCUAGACAUUGGAACAGACAGUUGGCUUUGAAUAGAGGGAACUGAGUAGAGAUGGUCAUUACGAGGAGAACUGGCUACAAGAGAUGCUGCAAGGAUUUGGUAAUUCUGGCUUGAAGAGAUUCUGCAAUGAUUCUGGUUGUUCUGUCUUGAAGAGAUGCUGCAUGGAUUAGGUAGUUCUGUUCUGAAGAGUGUGCUUGAAGGAUUCUCUUCUAAUUCUGUCUGUAGGAUUCUUCUAGUUCUUUGCAAGGAUCAUGGUAGUUCCGUUGGGAAGAGCACGAUUCUAGUAGCUUCAGCACCACAAACUUAAAUUGCUUUCUCACUCGACAACUUUUAAAUUCCUCUUUGAUGUUGUAAUUCCUGUCCUGUUAAUUAGAUAUGGCAACAUUUGAAAAGUCAUUGCCUCGUUGCCAUGGACAUAAGGGCAUAAAAGGAGAAAAAGGGCCAAAGGGAAGCAAAUGCUCCCCAGAGGUGAGAGGGGAUUAUAGCAAAGGAGUAAAAAGGCCAGAUUUGAGUAGACUUUUAGACAAAAUGAGCUUCCGAUUACGGCGGUGCAAAGUGGUGUAUAUCGGACCAGCGUAUAAGGGAUAUGACUAUGACCAAGAAGGAGAUGAUGAUGUCUUCGAUGGGGAGGAGGAGGAGGAGACGCCUCCACCGGCUAUCCCACGUGCUGCAUGGAGUCUUGACGAUGAUGAAAACGAGCCCGAUGUAUUAACGAGCGCAACCACGCAAGAAUCUCGCAACGUUCCCCUCUACUACACUACACCACCGAAAGCAAAUAUGGCAAACAUGGCUGUUGAGGACCGAAGGGGUAGCUUAACAGGAAGUAAAGGUCUAUCACGGUUAGCACGACGACUCAGUCAGAAAGAGCGACGGACGCGUGAUACAGACGGCCUAGAGAAACGAACUCUGCGACAGAGAUCAGUCAGUUUAGAUUGGACAGAGAAAUUUAGUGUGAAAAAUGCAUGCCAACAAAAUAAAGAAAAUGAAACAGAAAGUGGUGAUGGCCGACGGGUAAGCCUGCUAACUGCGGCAUAUACAUCUUGCAACAACGAUGAUAAGACAUUAUCCACGUCUCCAAGCAUGCCGUCCAAGCUGGCCAACAAGAGUGGGGGCGUGUCCCCUAAUGCUAAACUUAUAAGAAAUACAUCAGGCAAACGUAAAGGAAGCGCUGAUGUAAUUGAUGGCUCAUUAUUAUUUCUAUCGAGAGUUGAGAAGAAGAAACUAGAACGAAAACUGACUGGGAUGGAUUCACAAGCCUUGUUUGAUGCUGUUGAGCAUCAAGACUUGGAUGCAGUCAAAACUCUUCUUGAGACAAGUAAUUACGAUAUAAACUGUACAAAUGACGAUGGUUUCGUUCCGUUAGAUAUUGCUAUCAUGACAAACAAUAUGCCUCUUGCCAAACUUAUGCUCAAACAUGGUGCUAAAGAAAACACAAAAUGGUUCAACAACCAGCAAGUUCUCGAAAAGUUGACGGGUCUCGUAAACAAUGCUGCGCGACGGGUAGUCGACCUAAUGGCAACAGUGGUGAACGGAGCAUCGGGAAAGGCCAAUAUCUCGAGCAGCCAACACAGAGACAAUGAGAGACUUCUGAGUUUCUGGGAAUUCCGUCAUCGGUUACUCAAGAGGAUGAAAUUAGGAUACGAACAAGCAACCAUCCCAGACAGUCCGACCACAGUUACCUUAUACGUCGCCAAUAAUUCAUCAUUACUAGUCAAUUUCAAAGAACCAGCCAAUCAUAAUGGAGCAAUCAUUACACGCUAUAAAGUUGAAUGGAGCUGUUUUGAGGACUUUCACCCCCUAGCGGGAGAGACUGUGAUUAAUUCGGAUGAGCAUCGUUAUCAGAUUCCAAACCUUACACAGGGUAACACAUACUAUGUACGGGUAACAGCUGGCAAUAUCAAGGGCUAUGGACCAUUUGCAGCAUCCGACCCACCAUAUGCCGUGCCAUCAAGUUGGCGGGAAGUCGACAACAUGCCACCGCGGUCUGAUGGAAAAUUGAAAUUGUUGGAUACGCUAUUCACGAAUAUACGAAAUGCAAGACCGGCAGAUGCAUCUGAGAUUAAAGACACCGUUGGGGAAUCGCCCCUUCAUCAGAGGAAGCCAAACGUCAAGAAAAGUUUCAAGAAUCUCUUCACAGCACCGAAAUUUCAAAAGAAUCUCAAGAGCCGUGGUGUUUACAUCGCCAGCCUUUUAUACAAUGAGGACCGAGUCCUAGUCGCGGAAGACACCAUCCCCAUAGUAGAAGUCGAUGAAAACUUCACCAGCACCAGUCUCCACACGGACUUUCAUUGGAUGAUGAAGGUCGCGUGCACUUGGGAGGACGUGAAAUCGCUUCGUCAAGACAUGGACAAAAACUCCAGCUCGAGCACUGUGCAUUUCCGGAGUAAACUCCUCCAAGCCGCGGCCCAGCUUCAGAAUGGGCUCGGAAUCCAAGACCUGGGACAGUUUCAUUACCGCAUGUUCAAGGAUUCAGUGGGAACUAUCAUGUUUGUCAUCGUCAAUCAUAUUCGUGAUCCAAAAUCGGUUAAUACGUCAAACACCAGGUGGACACCUUUGACAAAGUUACAGAAACGACUCUCCGUGCCGACGCUGACGGAAAAUACAAAUGCAAACGCUCUCGACAUGGUCAUGACUAGUUUAACCGAAAUCAUUCGUUACGACGCAAACAGCAAAAAGCCCAUGUCACCUGGACUUUACCUCGGCUACCUCAAGCUGAGAAGCUCUGUCGAUCUUAUCCGCGUCAUGGUCCCAGAGAGAAUACCCAAUAUCGUUCCACACGUUAAGAUACGCGGAUGCCCUAACGUCUCAAGAGAAGAAUGGGAGUGGGUGCAAAAUCUCAGUGCCAACGACGUCAAAGAAGACCCAUCGCCGGGACAGGUCAACUUUCAGAAUCUCCUCACAAACAGUUGCAAAGAUCUUCUGAAUAAUUUAGGAAUCUCCGAGGAUGACGCAAUCAGUCAUCGCCUCUACGAUCUAGAAGUGAUCGAACUCAGUGACGAUGUGUCUUUUCUCCUACUUCUGCCACCUGUCGAACACGUAUGCAGCGUCCCCGGUCAUAACGAUGAGCUUUCAAGCAAGGAAGGCUUCCUGACGCCGCCGGUGCAAGUCUUUGAAAUGGUCCAUAUGUGCACGUAUCAGCGAGACUUCAUCAACCGUUACUCACGAUUGUCAUCAAUAUUAGAGAUGGAUCUACAACUCGCUCAACAAGCCCAGCGAGAGGCUUUCUCCACAGAAGAAGUCACAGCGUCAAAAGAGAGGCUAGAAAUGGUGACGAAGUUUCAGGCAACUCUUGACGAGGCGUGGCGGGGGAUGAGAUGGACCAUGGACAUUAUUACUUACGGCAGAGAUAAAACUGUACGCGGUGGUUUACCGUUAGGCGUCCUAUACGCACCACCACCAUCGCCAAACUGUUCACCAGAAAUGUAUCGUAAAGAUAUGGAACAUGUGACCUCUAGCGCAAGUGACCUUGGUUACCAUAGUGAUCGAAACUCUGCCGAUUAUAAUAUGGACACACAGAAUAACCAAAGUCGUGAUAGAAACAGUGCUUGUGAUAUGGACAUGACGGAUUUCACGGGUGAUAGUACGGUAACCAGCGGUUACUGUUCGCAUAAUUUAAGUGACGAUGCUUCGUUAGUGAGCAAUGCAUCAAAUACAAUGCCGGGCAUUUUACGCGUGUUUGCAGCCUACGAGACAGGACUCUCUAAGGGUACUAGUGUGAAGCUACAUGUAACACUGCGGACGACUUCUCGGGAAGUCAUCGACCUUGUUGUCCAGCAGUUAAACCGCGCAACUCGCAUGCGACAUCCGAGUGGACCUUUCUACACUGACGAACAAUUGGAGGACUUUUGUCUGGUUGCUGUGAUAGGGGCUCGAGAGCGGGUACUGAGAGACGAUUAUCAACCGCUGACUCUUCAGAAUCCCUGGACGAAGGGUCGUUUAUAUGUGCGCAUGAGAAGUGACCUAUUGGCUGCCUUGGAACAAACACAAGUGACAACUGUGUAAUGAGAGAAUGUAACAUUAAGGUGUUGAGGAAUAACAAACAUCAAUGGACUGGGGACAUAUUACCACCUUCCUUUCGACCUCUCUAAAGCAUUCUGUCAUUGAUUUUGAGGGUCUGUUACUUUAUGCAAAGUAAAAAACAAGUUAAAUCAAGCAAUAUUCAAAACUGCUACUGCUACAAAACUGGUAAAAAUAGGAGCUUAAUUUGUUUCUAAACUUUUCCGAAGGGGAUUGUCAUGAUUGGUAUAACCCUCCUAGAUGAAGAAGAUGAUUCUCCAGUCCAUUUGUAUUUGAUGCCAGUGAGAUCAAUGUCAGAUACUAGAACUAGGCUCUCUGUUAUAGGAAAUGUCUCUCUUCAGCAACUCCUGCUGAGCUGAGCCAAAGACCAUGUGCAAAAUGAUAUGCUAUGGAUGUGAUAGUGUACAAUGGCUGUUGCUCAUCUUAGGUGGGCUUAGCUAAUCCCUUGUCACCCCCAUGACACAGAAUGCUUUCUCAAAUUUGAAAUGGUCUACAUAAAGUGUGUAGUCAAACUCUUCAAAUUACAGUAGAACCUGUCUAUUGAUGACACCCUUUGGACUGACAAAUGCUGUCCUUAAUUGAGAGGUGUUCUGAUUGCAGAGGUCAAAUUCAAUGGAAAUUACCAAAUGCGAUGUCCCUAAUAGAGAGGCUGUCCUUGGUUGGGAGGUGUCCGCUAAGUGAAGCCACACUGUAUCAGCAUGUUUUGUUAGUAAGGUCCGCUCUAUUCAUUUGAGGUGAUCAAAGUCUACUGAUGGCGUCUUAUGGGGAUGACAAUCGAUAUAAAUGGCUUCAAUGUGCAAGACAAUCUAGGAAUCAUAUACCCAGUGAUAUACAAUAUGUGCAUGAACACGUGGAACAGACAGUUGUACGCGUUCAUCCGUCGUUUGUUAAGUUUGAAUAUGACAAUUAUUCACAUGGAACGGAUAUAGGAAACCAAAUUGAAGGGUCUCGUUCCAAAACUUGCUAUGAUCCGUUUUGAAAUUUUGAAAAAUGCAAAGAAUGAAAUGAAAAUGAAAAUGAAAAUUUAAAGUGCUAGCAUGGGGUUUGUCGUGAGAAAAUAAGCACAAUAGACGCUCUCCAUUAUAAGGGACACUAUUGGAGCUGUAAGAAAUGCUGUCUUAGAUAGACAUUUAUAAAAACUGAGAACAGUUGAAUAGAUGUGACCGAAACCAGUGUCCUUAUUAGAGAGGUGGCAGAGGUGUCCACUUGAGGAGGUUCCACUUUGUCUUAAACUUGACCAGAAUGUAGAAAUAUUAUGCAAUCAAAAACCUUUAAAAAAUGGUGUUUUCACGUUUUGGAGCGAAACUCUUCGAGACCUGUGCCAAUCUGCAUUUUUAUCGAUAACAACACAAUGUGUUUUGUAUCAUCAACUAUGAUCUGUGUAAAGUCACAUUAUCUAUUUAUUAAAAAAAGCAAUGUAAAUGUCCAAA